AGGUUAAUGCCACUCACGCGCAUGCGCGCUCUAUAGUCUGUACGAGUCGUAAGGAAUCGCAUCAAUCUCACGUAUCAUAUAUAUAUAUAUAACAUACACAAAGCGAGAGAGCUCCAGUUAAUUUAUUUUAUUACGACAAAUCGAUCCCGGCCUUUGACGCGUACGAACGAAAAUUCAUUAGCGUGCCUUUUUUUCUUUCUCUUUUUUCGACAAACCUAACCUGGUAUUCCACAGUGAUCAUUGCUGAACGUUCGCGAAAGUUUUGGAUUGCACGAUAAUCCAAUUCUAACCUAACGUAGAGAAGGAGAGAAACGUUCUUUGAACUCUCGUUUCACAAUUCACGAUGUCUGCGAUUGGACUUCCUCUUACUAUCGAAUUCGGAGGUGGAGCAGAGUUGCUAUUUGAUGGAAAGAAGCGGCACGAGGUGGACUUACCCGGUGAGGAAUGGACGCUGAAACGACUGCUAAGCUGGCUGCGGGAUAACCUCUUGACAGAACGGCCCGAGCUCUUUAUGCAGGGCGACACGGUGAGACCGGGCAUCUUAGUUCUGGUUAACGAUGCCGACUGGGAAUUACUGGGUGAAGGCGAUUAUAAACUAUGCCCGCGGGACAAAGUGCUCUUCAUCUCGACGUUGCACGGUGGAUAGAAGGUACGAAUUUCCAAUAUUGAAAAUCUAGGAUAAGUCAUCUGAAUAUUGUAAACUUUUUUCAUGUACAUGAAAUAUUUUAUACUUCAAACUGCUACAUUUUAGAUGCGACAUGAGAAAAUAAAAUAUUUUUUUGUAAAGUAUA